UUAAAAGUAAAUAUGUGCUGAUUCACAAUUUCUCUAAACUAGAAUAGCUACAUCAUUUUACACCUAAUUCAUACCGAGCAAAUUUCCGUGUUUUGUUGAGUCAAAACUUCAUCAUACAUCAACAACCUCUCAAAAACGUUCUUGUCUAAAAUGACAGACAAAACGCGUGUCAAUUAAAUUUUCCGAAUUUCAACUUUCAAAGCUGGUUUCCAAAAUUGUUAAAAAUGGCAGCGGCACUUGCAGCCGCAGCCUUUGGCAAGAAAGAAGAAGUGUACGGUUUCCAAACCUUGUACCGAGAGUUGGGGUACUACAUAUCCCGGCUAGAACAAUAUGAGAGAGCACUUAAGUUCUUCGACCAAGCCAUCACAAAGACCCCUCAUGACCGCAGAGCCUUGAUGGGCCGGGCUUGGGCUAGAUCAAAAGCAUGCAAGUACGAAGGCGCCCUCAACGACAUCAGAACGGCUCUAGAGUUAGACCCCGACGAUUUGGUCAUGCUGGCGCACAAAGCCCUUAAUACCUACCUGAACUGCGAGUUUGAAGACGGCUUAGUACAAAACACCAGACUCAUUCCGAAGAGGAAAAAACCGGAUUAUUUUCAAAUGGGUGCUAUGCAUUGUGCAGACGCCAUCGAAAACUGUCUAGGAGAAAGAGCGGGACGACCUCUCCGUGACCACUACCUCAUCAUUCGCAAACUAGCAUGGAAGAAGAAUUUCGAAGAACAGAAACGCUUCCAACCCAAAUCCAGAUACAAGAAGAAGAAAAAGAAGAAAGUUAUCCUCCCGGAAAAAUUUAACGCUAAAGGCGACCCUAUCGUACCUUUACGAUCCGUGAAGAACAUCCAGUCGCUGACGUCUAAUUUCUACCAAUCCACCACCAACCACACUGACCCCGGAUACGAAACCCAAAGCAUCGUCGACAGCAUCUACUCGCAAAAAUCCGAGCACAACAUCGAACCCCCGAAGAUCAAAUUCCCCUACAGGCCGCUGCAGCGCUACACCAGCAACAUCCAGAACUACAUGGCGGAGAAGUACCUCGACACUCUUUACAGAGACAAACUCUUUUUGAAGAACCUCCCCAACGAGCCCGGGAUAGCCUGUCCCAACGAAGCCGGUACCGAAAAAAUCCUGCUUCUGGCGAAAACCGGCUACAAAACUGUUAAAUACAAGCAAGAGUUGCUACGAGCUCGCAGACCUUUCUACUUCAUCAAGUACCAGGAGGCUACAUCUUCCGGUGCUUUGAAGGAGCGACAACAAGAACAGAUGAAUAAGUUGCGCGAAGCGGCGAAGAAAGACGCCGAAGCCAUCGUGACGAAGAUGAAAGAAGCGCUCCAGGAGAGGAGUUGGCGAACGGUGCUGGAAUUAGGCGAGAAACUGAAGACUUACUGCGAGCUUAAGUCGAAGAAGGUUUUGCCCGAUAGAGAGAACUACCUCGAGGUGUUGUACGACACGGUGUGUCAAGCGCACUACGACCUCAAGAGGAUCAACGAGAAUCAGCUGGAGUGGGACCAGGAGAAGAGGAUUUAUAAGAUGCUGGGGCUCCAUUUGAGUCGAGAGCCGUCGACGGACUCCGUCAUUCAACAAUUCAAAGGAGUAUUCAUCGACUGGAAGAAACAAGUGAAUAUUUACGGAGACCGUCUACGUAGAGCUACCAGUCCCCAGGAGAUGUGUUGGUUGUACCAUGAGCUGAGUAGGUUCCACACUGAGUUGAAGCAGUACGAACUGGGACGAGUUUACGCCAGAAAGUGCAUGAACGAAGCCAAGCGCAUCGGAAACAACAAGUGGGUCAUCAAUUCGUUGCUUCUGGUCAUGAGGAUCAACAUCGCUCAGCAUAGUAAGAACGACGCAAAGUCGGAUGCUAGCGAAGCUUUGGAAUUAGCGCAAACCAUGGGAGACAAGCAGUUAAUUACUUUCUUGAACAAGUGUCGGCAAGUGAUCGACAAGGUUGCCUUCGACGAGAAACUGGGACCGAAGGUGUUGAUGCAGCGUGAACAGAAGAUUGUGGAGAUGAUGGCUGGUGAUAAGAUGAAGGACGAAGCGGCGCAUCUGUUCAGGAUGAUGUCUGCGAUGCCGGCGGCUAGGAGGAUGUCGGUUAUGCCGGGGAUUAGGAUCACGGACGACGACGACGGCGAGAAGAAGGCGAUGGCGGCAAGAAAACAGUCGAUCAUGCCUGGAGCGCAGAAGCCGGUUGAAUUCGACAUGCCUAAGACCACAACGAAAGGAAAGAAGGCUGCGGUGAAAGACUCGAAAGGAGUGGGCUUUGUCGAACUCAUUAAGUACCACAUUGAUGAUUAGAAUUGUCGUUUGAAUAAAGGUUGUGACUUAAAAGA